UUUGAGGAUAUUCGACCAAAAUCAGGAAAACCACCAGCACGUUUCUUAGAAUACCAACAAAGAUCACAAGUAAAUAAAAUAAAAUCAUCAGAAGAGAUUUUCCAGAAACAAAAACAAGCAGAGGAGAGGAAAAAGGCUUAUGAAAAAGCAAAGAUUGAAAGAAUAAAGGAAACAACAGAAGAAUGUAGAAAAAUUGAUGAAAAAGUGAAUAGACUUGGAGUAAACACAAAUUAUUUUGGUGUCGGGAAAUCUGACAAUAUCAAUAAUAAACCACUUUCUACAAAGGAGGCCAUCAUGUCUGUCAAAUCUCUAUCUAAAGACUUCUCAAAAAUUUCAACAAGUAUCAAAACAGAUUCAUUAUUUGCUAAAAACUUAAACAAUUCUUGACACUGCUCACAUAUAUAUUUUAAA